AUGGUCAGGUGGCGCAUACUACUGGUAGAUUGUAUCCCAAAUAGCUGCAUAAUCACCAUCUAUGAAGAAGGAGACUGUAUUCCUCCACAUAUUGAUCACCAUGAUUUUUUCGGGCCCUUUUACACAGUGUCCUUUAUGAGCAAUAGCAAUAUUCUAUUUGGAAAAGAAAUUGAUAAUGUUGGACCUGGAGAAUUUUUAGGAUCUGUUGAAAUCCCAUUGCCAGUAGGUUCAGUUUUAAUUUUGAAAGGAAAUGAUGCAGAUCUGGCAAAGCACUCCAUCACAGGAGUGCGACAACGCAAACUUUCUGUUACAUUAAGAAGAAUGGAAGACAGUAAGAAACCACAUGGAUUCCAUCCGGAUUAUAAAUUGGAAGAACUGUGCCCAUAA